CAAUGCCGCAUUCUGGGCAGCAAGGAGAGGAAACCUGGCUCUGCUUAGGCUGUUGCUGAACAGCGGUCGGGUGGAUGUGGACUGCAGGGACAGUGUAUGGAUGGACGCAUUGGGUAUACGCAUGCCAAGAGCACGCCAUGUCCUCCCAUCGGCAUGAGAGCACCUCCUGAAUACAUUGCCCUUCACGAUGCUUAUCUACUUUUUCAUGUAUUUGCUUGCUUUGUCCUUUUUGAAAAGUCCAAGUAUGGCACCACACUCCUCAUGGUCGCCUCCUAUGCUGGUCAUAUAGACUGUGUGAAGGAACUUGUUCUCCAAGGUGCGGACAUCAAUCUCCAGAGAGAGUCGGGUACAACUGCCCUCUUCUUUGCUGCCCAGCAAGGCCACAAUGACGUGGUGAGAUUUCUGUUUGAAUUUGGAGCAUCCACUGAAUUUAGGACCAAAGACGGGGGCACUGCCCUGUUGGCUGCCAGUCAGUAUGGGCACAUGCGAGUGGUGGAUACCUUGCUGAAGCAUGGAGCCAACAUCCACGACCAGCUUUAUGAUGGAGCCACUGCACUCUUCCUCGCUGCCCAAGGUGGUUACUUGGAUGUCAUUCGAUUGUUAUUGUCUUCAGGAGCCAAAGUCAACCAGCCACGGCAGGACGGGACGGCGCCGCUGUGGAUCGCGUCUCAGAUGGGCCACAGCGAGGUGGUGAGGGUGAUGUUGCUGCGCGGGGCCGACCGCGACGCCGCUCGGGACGAUGGUACAACAGCGUUACUGAAAGCAGCCAACAAAGGGUAUAAUGAUGUUAUAGAGGAGUUGCUGAAAUUCUCACCCACUCUUGGUAUUUUGAAGAAUGGGACAUCAGCGCUCCAUGCUGCAGUGCUCAGUGGGAAUAUUAAAACAGUCGCGCUGCUCCUGGAAGCAGGGGCAGACCCAGCCCUGAGAAACAAGGCCAAUAAACUUCCGGCAGAACUAACCAAAAAUGAACGUAUAUUGCGUCUCCUCCGAGGUAAAGAAGGGCGCAGGAAGAGCUAACUUAGUUGUAUAUUUGCCUGGAAGGUAGAAACCUUAACCACAUUGUCCGAAAAUGAAAUUGCUUUUAAACAGUGUUGGAAAUUCUGUUAAGAAGGAAAAUGCUCCAAAUGCCCACCCUGGGUCCCUGACCAAGAAGUGCUGUGCUUUGUGCCCUGAAUCAAGGACAGGACAGCUCAGGGGGCUCUUCCCUCACGUACGGUGGGCUUCUCACACUGGCCUAUAACCCCACUCCGGGGGGACCUAGCCGUUUCGUGGAUUCCACAGAAACUCAUUUUAAACUAUACUAACUUGGGCCUCUCAGUUAAACUCUUAUUGUUAAGUCUUCUAAGAGGUUUAAGCAAGGAGACAGAAAGACUGUAAGCUUUUAGACUGAAAGUCUGACCUUCAAUGAAUCGAUGCACUUUUGCUUUUUUGUUAAAUAUAAGUGUGCUAAAAGAUAUAACUGCAUCAUAUUUUAUAUAACGUAUGUCAUCCCAGUGUAAAAUGUUUUCUUCUACCCAAGGAUCAUAGCCAUGGUUCCUAAGACUCAACAAUGUAUAAAGUUACAUUAUUAAAAAGCCGGUCAUUCCGCCUUGUACUUUUCAAAGAUGGACUGUUGAACUAUGCAAAAGACAAAUUGUUUAUUUGUGAGUUGAUCCUCAUCUAAUUCCUAAUAUGUAAAAAUCAUUUUUACCUGGAGUCCAUAUUGUAGGUAUGGUAGGAUACAAAUGACAAAUUUGGAAAUUCAGAAAAUUACAAACCACAGGAAAUUUAGGCUUGUUUCUUUGAGCUUUUAUUUUGGUUAUAUUGUGGGCAAUCUAUUUCCCUUGCCAUAACUAAGUAGACUUAACAUGCUGUGGAAUCUUGAACUUCCAACACUAUGUAGCUUGAUACAAUGACUUUGAGGUCCUUGGAUAAAAUGUGAUAUAUGCAAGUACAGUAUGUUGCUUUACUAUUGUAGGAGUAUAGGUAAUAAAAGACUAUUAUUAGUGUUUAAUAAGUGUUCGUCUUGCAUGUUCUUGAGCUGAUUGAUUCUAGAAUUUUAUUAAAUUAUUUCUUUGAAGGGAGUGUCAAAUUUUAUAUUUGAUGCACUUUAUACUCAAUGGUGUCUAAAUGCCUCAGUCAGUGCCUAACUGCACACACAAAAACGAAACCUUUCCAUAACCUACUGUAAUAAACACUGUUGGUAUUUCUGUUAUUUAAACAGUUCUUUUGUUUUCUUGUUGAUGUUUUGCUAUGGUUUCCAGCCAGUGUUCUAUGUAAAGACAUGUUAAGAUGGAGGGAAAUGUUAUAAAUCCCAAAAGAUUUUUUUAAACCAAUUUUCAGUGUUACUAAAGCAUUUUCUUUAAGUCAGUAAACAAAAGAACAUAAUUUUUAAAAUUAGAAGGUAUUCUCAUAAAAUUUAUGAUCAAUAAAAAUAGUCAAGCAACAAAACAGCUUAUUUUGAUUACUAUCUGCAAUCUAAUUUCAGGAUAAAAAUUUAGAAAGCUCUGUCUCUAUUGCUAAAAUACCCACAUAUAAACACAUAUUAGUAGCUAAAAAGCAUUUAACUACUAGCCAAUUUCCUCAUUGACUUUCUUUUAUUCAGCAAAGUUGUACAAAUAUACAUUUCAUGGGAAUUCCAUAUGGCUGUAUUUAUUUUGAAGAGGAAAAUAAUGUGGCCUUAAAUGCUUUAUAUUUUUCACUGAUAGUUAACCCUCAGGCCAAAAAUGGUUGCUCAUCACUGAUAUAAAUCAAAACAGUAAGUAUUAUAGGUACUGAAAACAAAGCUCCAAAAGACAAAAUGGGAUGAAAUCAGAAACAGUGUUUUUCACUAAAACAUGUUGUCCUUGGCCUAGUUAUCAGAUCAUUUUAGGUGGAUAAUGUUUUUGAUCAAUAUUAGAGCCAUUUAAAAUGAAUCCAGCAGCUUUAACAACCUUUAAUGGAGGCCUUCUUACUGUAGGUAAGAGGUCUCCAGCUUAGAAGGCACACACUUGGUCUAGAUGAGAUUAUUAUAUUAUCCAUAGCAGAGAAUAUGAUUAUAUUAAUCAUUCACCAAAGACUGAAUAAAAGGUCUGUUUUUUAAAGUUAAAUUGCAUUUAUUUUCCACACAGUUAGAUGGUUCUUAUUUCAUGUCAAUCUAAUUCACAAUUCAAUGAGCUCUGCACCCCAAGACUCAAAAUUAGCAAUUCCAAUGCAAGUCAUUUGCUUAAUUGAACCACAAAGUUUUUUAUUAUAUCCAUUUGUUUGAUGAAACAGUCCAUGUUAUAAUUCAAAAUAAAGUUAAUGUACUACCCAA